GCCUGUAAAAGCAGCCAAAGGGAGCUGAGACUAAGGGACGCAAACCAGAUCUCUCCAAGCUUUAGUUCUACACUCGUUUCUUUAAAAAAAAAUACUUUGUUCAUUUUCUUCUUUGUAUUUAAAUCCUUAUUCUUCCACAAAAAUGACUGGUAGCCCAUUGACAGGGUUGCUGGUUGCACUGUGCGUAAGCAGUGCAGUCCACGGCUUGCCAAAGACCAAAAGACAAACUGGCCAGUAUCAGGUGUAUCCUGACCUCCAGGACGCAGCGGCUGUUACUCCAGCCAGGUGUGAGGAAAACGGUCGCUCAUACAGACUGAACGAGCAGUGGGAGAAACCCUACCGUGGUAGUACACUGGUGUGCACCUGCAACGGAGCAGCAGGCAUCAAGUGUAAAACUAAGCCUCAAGUGGAGGAGUCCUGUUAUGAUAAGCACAAUGACCGGACAUACCGAGUCGGUGAAACCUAUGAGAGACCAAAGGACGGAAUGAUGUGGGACUGCACCUGCAUCGGUUCUGGUCGAGGCAAGAUCAGCUGCACCAUCGCAAAUCGCUGCCAUGAAGGUGGGAGGUCUUAUAAAAUCGGUGACACUUGGCAGCGUCCUCAUGACACUGCUGACUACAUGCUGGAGUGUGUUUGUCUCGGAAAUGGCAAAGGAGAGUGGACAUGCAAACCUGUGGCUGAGCGUUGCUACGACAACAAUGCUGCAUCAUCGUACAUCGUGGGGGAGACCUGGGAGAAACCGUACCAAGGAUGGAUGAUGCUGGACUGUACCUGCCUGGGAGAGGGAAAUGGACGCAUCACUUGUACCUCGAGGAACCGUUGCAAUGACCAGGACACAAGGAAGUCCUACCGUAUUGGAGACACUUGGACAAAGACUGACACAAGUGGACAAGCUGUGCAGUGUCUGUGCUUAGGGAAUGGCCGUGGAGAAUGGAAGUGCGAAAGACACAACGCAGGCCGAUCCACAGGUGCUGUCGUGCUGACCCCCACCCGUUCUCAGACUCGGCAGCCUGAGCUACUCACUGAGGGAACCUGCCGCACAGACUCUGGAGCCUACUACUAUGACGGACAACGCUGGGUCAGAAACCAGGGCAGCAAGCAGAUGCUCUGUACCUGCCUGGGCAACGGAGUCAGCUGUCAGGAAUGGGAAGCCAAGAACCAGGUGUACGGCGGAAGCUCUAAUGGCCAGCCGUGUGCAUUCCCUUUCGUCUUCAUGGGGAAAACCUACUACUCCUGCACCUCAGAUGGACGCACAGACGGGCAGCUCUGGUGUUCUACAACUUCAGACUAUGAGAGAGAUCAGCAGUACUCUUUCUGUACUGAAAAGAACGCCAUUGUGACGACACGAGGUGGGAACUCCAACGGUGCCCUCUGCCACUUUCCCUUCCUCUACAGUGGUCGUAACUACACCGACUGCACCUCUGAUGGGCGUCGUGAUGGCAUGAGGUGGUGUGGUACCACCCACAACUACGACGCAGAGCAGCGCUUUGGAUUUUGCCCCAUGGCUGCCCAUGAAGAGGUAUGCACCACCAACGAAGGAGUGAUGUACCGAGUCGGCGACAAGUGGGACAAACGCCACGAUGUCAUGGGCCACAUGAUGGAGUGCACAUGCCAGGGCAACGGGCGCGGGGAGUGGAACUGCAUUGCUCACUCACAGCUGCGAGAUCAGUGUAUUGUCGAUGGCUUGACCUACGAAGUAAACCAGGAAUUUUCCAAGCGCCACAAUGAGGGCUACAUGAUGAACUGCACCUGCUACGGACAGGGACGUGGACGCUGGAAGUGUGACGCUAUUGAUCAGUGUCAGGAGCCACAGACCAGGAUGUUCUACCAGAUUGGAGAGACAUGGGACAAAGUCAUCCACAGCAUCCACUACCGCUGUGUGUGCUACGGAAACGGAAAUGGAGAACUGAGAUGUGAGCCCAUGCAGACAUACCAAGAUGGCCACCGACCCGUCCAGGUCAUCAUCACAGAGGCAGGAAAACAGCCAGACUCCCAUCCCAUCCAGUGGAACCCGCCUUCAUCGGUUCACAUUACCCAGUACAUCCUUAAAUGGAGAAUUAAAAACACCCGUGCUCCCUGGAGGGAGGCCACCAUCCCCGGCCACCUCAACUCCUACACCAUCAGCGGGCUCCGUCCAGGCGUCACCUACGAGGGUCAGCUGAUCAGCCUUCUGCGUUACGGACAGCGCGAGGUCACGCGCUUCGAUUUCACGACCACUGUUGGCUCUUUGGAAACAUCGGAGGGAGAGACGACGCCGCCUCCUCCGGUGGUGGACACUUCUGAGUCAGUGACAGAAAUCACCUCAAACAGCUUUGUGGUGUCCUGGACAUCAGCUUCUUCUACCAUCUCUGGCUUCAGGGUGGAGUAUGAGCUCAGUGAGGAAGGAGCUAAGACAAAAGUACUGGAUGUUCCUCGCAGCGCCACUUCCGUCACCAUCGCUGAUCUCCUACCAGGACGCAGAUACAAUGUCAGUGUUUAUGAGCUCCCAGAUCAGGGACAGCCAAACCUCAUCCUGACCACCUCACAGACUACAGCUCCUGAUACACCUUCUCAGCAUACUGUUGAUGACGUCGGAGAGACCUCAAUCCGAAUCAGCUGGUCCAAACCUCAGGCUCCUAUUACUGGUUACCGUGUGGUUUACACACCAUCAGUGGAAGGCAGCAGCACCGAGUUGACCCUGCCGGACUCUGAGACCUCGGUGACCUUGGCUGACCUUCGCCCUGGUCUGCGCUACAACAUCAGCAUCUAUGCAGUGGAGGAGGACCUGGAGAGCGAGCCUAUUUUUGUGCAGGUCAACACUGCUGGAUCUUCUACACAAGAGGUUGUUCCAGCCCCAACAGACCUGCAGUUCUACGAGGUUUCAGAUGUGAAGAUCACCAUCACCUGGACUGGUCCACCAAGCGAGGUGACAGGCUACAGAGUGAUCUACUCCCCCCUUGGCUCCGACGGAGCUGAGCUGAGGCCCCUGCAGAUGCCCAUCUCACCCAACGCAUACGCCGAUAUCACCCACCUGCAGCCCGGCACGCUCUACCGCUUCUACAUCUACGCCAUAAGUGGUGGAGUGGAGAGCGAGCCACUUGUGGGCGAGAAGACUACCAAACCUGAUGCACCCACAGACGUGCGCUUCACAGACAUCGGCCACGACAACGCAAUGGUCAUAUGGGAGGCUCCCCGUGCCAUCGUCACCGGUUUCCGUCUCUUCCUGAGCAUCGAAGGCUCUAGCCCUGUUGAGAAGAGGAUCCCCGGCCGGGUCACCCAGUACCCCUUGAGGAACUUGCGUCCUGACACGCAGUACACUGCUACCCUGCACUCUGAGCUGGACAAUGAGCUCAGCGAAGGCGUCACUACAUAUUUUACCACUGCUCCCAAGAUGGGAAAUGCUCCAACUUUCAGCACUGAGGUUACUGAUACCUCUAUCAUUGUCACCUGGAUACCAAUCCGCAGGUUCAGCUACAAGCUUUCUGUGCUUCCUAGUGAAUCGGGCGAGUCUCCCAAAGAAGCCACCUCUGAAUCUGGACGCGUUUAUAUCACCGAUCUGAGUCCUGGAACUCAGUACACCUACAGCGUUCAGCCCAUUUUCAAUGGACGCAACCGCGGACAGCCCAUCACCCGCAACGUCGUCACUUCCUUGUCUCCUCCCACUGACCUCAGAGUGGAGUCCAACCCCAACACAGGAGAUCUCACAGUCCACUGGGUAGCCUCCAGAACACCAGGUAUCACAGGCUACAGAGUGACAAGCACGCCAAACAGUGGCCAGAGAGGAAAUUCCCUGGAGGAGUUUGUUCGAGCUGAUCAGAACUCAUGUGUACUGGAGAACCUGAAUCUGGGUGUCGAGUACAACGUCAGCGUGUUCACUACCAAGGGCCAUUUGGAAAGUUUGCCUGUGUCCACCAUUGUCACACCAGAAAUCCCCCCACCAAGUCACAUUGACUUUGUCGACAUUACUGACACCACCAUCGGUCUGCGCUGGAUCCCUCUGAAAUAUACCACCAUUACUGGUUACCGGAUAACAGUAGUAACGUCAGGCGAGAGCAUGCCAAUUUUUCAAGAUAUGGUGGAAGCGUCUGCUGGUUAUUACACGAUUUACGGUUUGGAGCCGGGCGUCGACUAUGACAUCAGUAUCACCACUGUUACAGAAGACGGAGACAGCGAGCCGACCACACACACAAAGCAAACACAAGCUGCCAUCCCAGUUCCCACCAAUCUGCAAUUCGGAGGGGUGGGUCCUGACCACAUUAGGGUGACAUGGACGGUCCCCAAUGUUGCCACACCAAGCGACAUCUCUCGCUUUGUCAUCCGUUACCACCCUGUAGCCACAGAUGAUGACGUCAAGGAGGUUAAUGUUGGCGGAGCUACCAACACCUUCCUGCUGCAGAAUCUGCUGCCCAACACUGAGUACCGUAUUAGUGUUGUGUGCGUGUACGGUGAACGAGAAAGUGAACCAGCCACAGGGACUCAGAAGACAACUCUGGAUGCCCCGACUGGCUUGGACUUCUCUGACAUCCGGACCAACUCCUUCACCGUUCACUGGCUGGCUCCAACUGCUGUGAUCACCGGCUAUCGAAUCCGCUAUCAGAAGACGAGCGGUGGGCGGGCAAUGGAUGAGAGGCUUCCCCCAACCAGGAACCACUUCACCUUGACUGGACUAACACCCGAAACCGAAUAUCUGAUAUAUGUGUACGCUGUGAACAACAACCAGGAGAGUCAGCCUCUGACUGGCACACAGGCCACCAUCUCUGAUGCGCCCACCGACCUGGAGGUAUCAUCAUCCACCCCCACCAGCAUCACAAUUCGCUGGGACGCUCCCUCUGUCACCGUGAAGAACUACAGGAUCACCUAUGGAACAAGUGGUGAGGCUCUGCAAGAGUUUUCAAUCCCAGGCACUCAGACCUACGCCACCAUCACCGGACUGAAGCCCGGUACCGACUACACCAUCACAGUCUAUGCUGUUUCUGGACGAGGAGACAGCCCCGCCUCCAACACUCCUGUCUACAUAACACACAGAACUGAUACUGAGCCCCCCACUGACAUGAAGCUGACUGAUGUGAGUGACAACGCCAUCACAGUGCGCUGGACUCCUGCUCAGGGACCAGUCAGAGGCUACAGAAUCACAAGCGUCCCUAAGAAUGGCUUGGGACCUUCGUACUCUGAGGUGGUGGCUCCCGAUCAGACACAGAUGACGUUCACAGGUCUGAUGCCCACUGUUGAGUAUGUUGUGAGCGUUUAUGCUCUGGGCAAUGAUGGACAACCCUCUUCCCCCGUGGUGGAGAAUGCUGUCACUGCUAUGGACCGUCCAAAAGAACUGAGCUUCUCCGACAUCGACUCCACCUCCAUGCGCAUCACCUGGGAUAGUCCAGACGGCACCGUGACAUCGUACCGCAUCUUUUACUCCAGCUCAGAAGAAGGCGAGAGAGAGUUGCGUCCAGCACCCAGAGGCGACCAGGACAGUGUGUUGCUGAGCGGCCUUCGUCCCGGGACCGAGUACACUGUUAAAGUCAUUGCCCUCCAUGACCGAACGCCCAGCACACCCUUAGUGGGAACCCAGGCCACAGUGAUCCCUGCUCCGACCAACCUGAUGAUCUCAGAAGUCGGCCCUUCUGUCUUCACCGUGUCCUGGCGAGCACCAAAUGCACGUCUGAGCGGCUAUCGUGUCGUCAUCACCCCAAAGAACAUCAACAGCCCUCGCAAAGAAAUGAAUGUUGCUCCGGACACCACACGUGUUGUCGUACCAGGGCUCAUGGUGGCAACCACGUACCAGAUUCAGGUCUACGCUCUGAAGAACUCCGUCACCAGCAGACCACUGGAGGGAGAAACAACCACACUGGAAGACGUGAGCCCACCUCGACGUGUGCGUAUCUCUGAUGUGAAGGAUACUUCUUUCACGCUUACCUGGCGCACCAAGGUGGAAACUAUCACUGGUUUCCUCCUUGAAGCAACGCCGCUCAGUCGCUCGCAUCCCACCAUCACCAAGACCAUCCCAUCAGGAGCAUACACCUACACUCUCACAGGUCUGCAGCCCGGAACCAUGUACUCCGCCAACCUGUACACUCUGAACGGCAACACAAAGAGCGCCCCGAUUACUCUGACAAUUCAAACAGCUGAACCAGUUGUCCAGGCUCCCACCAGCCUCCAGGUCACAUCUUUGACCCCCACCUCCAUCUCCUUUACCUGGCAGCCCCCUGCCACACAAAUCACAGGAUACUACGUCACCUACGAAGAGUCAGGAAGACCACCACGGGAGCUCAUCCCAAGACCCCACGCCGGGCAAAACUACGCCACAAUAUCUGGCUUGAAACCAGCCACAGAGUACAUCAUCAAGAUCAUCGCCAUCCAGAACACACAGAGGAGCACGCCUCUGGUGGGCAAGAUCAGGACUCAACCAGACUCCUUGCUUCCCCUGCCUCUGCCCCAGCCACACCGCCCAGGAGGUGCUGAUGACAGGCUGGACGUGCCCGAACUUGACUUGGACAACAGAGUCCAGGUAGUGGGCACCAAUAGCCAGGAUGGCUUUGGAGAUCAGAGCCAGCAUGUGGAGUACACAGAGUACAACAACAAUGGAGACAACAGCAGAUAUAAUGGGAACCGUGGAAACCCACAGUCUCCCUAUGGGCAAGUUCGUGAGCCCUUGGUCUUUGUACCCCUUCCUGAUGCAGAGGGCCGCAGGCAGCCCAUUCUGAAGCUGAACUUUCCCAUCGGAGCUACAUUAGGUAACGACACUGGAGUGCCACAGGAGGUCCAAACUCAGACCAGCAUCUCCUGGAAGCCUUACAGUCAGAGCAACGCCUACCUGGUGUCCUGCCAUCCUCUCACAGAGCUCAAUGAGAAGAUGUUCCAGAUCCGGCUGCCAGGCACAGCCACCACUGCUACCCUGAUAGGACUCACCCCCGGAGCAAACUACAAUGUGAUCGUGGAGGCACUGCUGGGGGCGCUGAAGCACAAGAUUCUGGAGCAGGUCGUCACAGCUGGAAACUCAAUCUCAGAGGGAGUUCCCUCCAAUAAGGACUCAUGCUACGAUGCCUUUACCUCAACCUACCAUGACGUUGGUGCUGAAUGGGAGCGGAUGUCUGAGACUGGCUUCAAGCUGUGGUGCAGGUGUCUCGGCCUGGGCAGCGGCCACUUCAGAUGUGAUUCAUCCAAGUGGUGCCAUGACAGUGGUAACAACUAUCGCAUUGGAGAGAAGUGGGACCGUCGCGCUGAGAAUGGUCACUUGAUGAGCUGCACUUGCUUGGGAAAUGGCAAAGGAGAGUUCAAGUGUGAACCACAUGAGUCCGUGUGCUACGAUGAUGGCAAAACCUAUCAAGUAGGCAACCAGUGGCAGAAGGAGUAUCUGGGUGCUAUCUGCACCUGCUCAUGCUUUGGAGGACAACAGGGCUGGCGAUGUGAGAACUGUCGCAGACCAGGUGCUGAUGUUGACGCCAGUCUGCUGCAGCCUGUUAGAUAUGGAGACAACACACUACGCAAAAAAAUUCAUUGCCCCAUUGAGUGCCUUCGACCUGACCUGCUGGCAGAUGCACAUGUUCCUCAAAAUUCCCGGGAAUAAAGGAUAGUCAUCGGCAUCUGCUUUGCUCACCCACUGUCCAUUUGCUGCACUGUUUCACCUUGUAGAAGCCACGCUGUCUGUGACUCAAAUGAACUAACUGCCUUAUCACUUUUCUGACACACGUUUAUAAGUUACACUGCCCUGCUGCCCGAUCAGUCCUGAUCGUUUUCUAAAGCCAGUCUUUUCACUGUUGACUGCUAAAUUUGGAAUUUAUUCAAAAAGGAAAACUCCUGCCGAACCUUUUCUUCUACGUACUUGUGUGUGAGCCUCAAUGGAAGUUAUUUAGAACUUUGUAUACUUGUCAAAUUGGCAUUUGUUUUCCAUUUAGAUAUUUCGAAACAUCUCCUAAUUGAAAAACAGAACUGUCAGAAAGGAAGCACUGUAUUAAAGAAUGUCAACGUAGUUAUUAACAAUGUUUAAACUGUCCAUGGAAAUGGGUUUUUCCUGUUCUGUAGCCCUUUUUUCAUUACUAAGGGUCUGCACUGUGCGUGAUUGACACAUUCUGACUUGUAAUGUCUUUUUACUAAUUUAUCCCUUUAAUCUCAACGUGUGAAUGUGUGAACUAGGAUGUGAGAAUGUGAACUGUUCUAUUUUUGUACUUUGUUGUCGAUGCCAAAGUUGUUUCUACCUUUGACAAAAAGAAGUCCCUUAUUUUAAUAAAGCUGGAGAGAUUCCGAAUCCUAA